AAACCAAACAACAACAUAUUUUGCAAACUAUAACAUUCUCUCGGUCGCGCGUGAGGUCAUUCAACCAUAUUCGCCGGUGCGGACAGGAACAAGUUUCGAUUUUCAAAUACCACGUAAUUUAGCAUUUCCACAGAAAAAAGAUAUGGCUGAAGGCUCAGGAGAGGAUUUGGCCACAGCCAUCCUUAGGCGUAAGGAAAGGCCUAACAGACUGCUUGUAGAGGAGGCCAUCAAUGAAGACAAUUCAGUCGUAUCACUUUCACAGAAAAAAAUGGAUGAGCUACAGUUGUUCCGAGGAGACACAGUAUUAUUAAAGGGAAAGAGAAGGAAGGAAACAGUGUGCAUAGUAUUGUCAGAUGAUACUGUUACAGACGAUAAGAUCAGAAUUAACAGAUGUGUCAGAAAUAAUCUCCGUGUCCGACUUGGUGAUGUAGUCAGCAUUCAAGCUUGUCCAGAUGUAAAAUAUGGAAAAAGAAUACAUGUUCUCCCUAUAGAUGACACAGUUGAAGGACUGACAGGAAAUCUGUUUGAAGUAUUCCUGAAGCCAUACUUUCUUGAAGCAUACAGACCGAUCAAGAAGGGUGACAUAUUUGUGGUACGAGGUGGUAUGAGAGCAGUGGAAUUCAAAGUCGUAGAAACAGAUCCAACUCCAUAUUGUAUAGUAGCUCCAGAUACAGUUAUACAUUGUGAGGGAGAACCUGUGAAACGUGAGGAAGAGGAAGAGCAACUUAACGAGGUCGGAUAUGAUGAUAUCGGUGGUUGCAGAAAACAGCUGGCACAAAUCAAAGAAAUGGUGGAACUUCCACUCAGACAUCCACAACUUUUCAAAGCUAUUGGAGUGAAGCCUCCAAGGGGUAUAUUGUUGUAUGGUCCUCCUGGUACAGGUAAAACACUGAUAGCCAGAGCUGUGGCCAAUGAGACUGGUGCAUUCUUCUUUCUCAUUAAUGGUCCAGAGAUCAUGAGUAAGUUAGCUGGUGAAUCAGAGAGCAACCUGAGAAAAGCAUUUGAAGAAGCUGAAAAGAAUUCGCCAGCAAUUAUCUUCAUUGAUGAGCUGGAUGCUAUAGCACCAAAGAGAGAAAAGACACAUGGAGAGGUUGAGCGCAGAAUUGUAUCCCAGUUGUUGACAUUGAUGGACGGCCUUAAACAACGAGCACAUGUAAUAGUAAUGGCAGCAACAAAUAGGCCUAACAGUAUAGAUGGUGCCCUUAGACGAUUUGGUCGCUUUGACAGAGAAGUUGACAUCGGUAUCCCAGAUGCUACAGGCCGUCUUGAAAUCCUGAGAAUCCACACAAAGAACAUGAAACUGUCCGAUGAUGUUGACCUUGAACAAGUUGCGUCGGAGACACACGGUCACGUUGGUGCAGAUCUUGCUGCCCUGUGUUCCGAGGCUGCGCUACAACAGAUCCGAGAGAAAAUGGAUCUCAUAGAUCUCGAAGAUGAACACAUUGAUGCAGAGGUUCUAGAUUCCCUAGCUGUUAACAUGGAUGACUUCAGGUGGGCAUUGAGCAAGAGUAACCCAAGUGCCCUGAGAGAGACUGCUGUAGAGGUACCUACAGUUACAUGGGACGAUGUCGGUGGUCUGGAAAAUGUCAAACGAGAGUUACAGGAACUUGUACAGUAUCCAGUUGAACAUCCAGAGAAGUUCUUGAAGUUUGGUAUGACACCAUCUAAAGGAGUAUUGUUCUAUGGUCCACCAGGUUGUGGUAAAACGCUGCUGGCUAAAGCUAUUGCUAACGAGUGUCAAGCUAACUUUAUCUCAGUAAAAGGACCUGAAAUGUUGACAAUGUGGUUUGGAGAAUCAGAAGCUAAUGUCAGAGAAAUCUUUGAUAAGGCUAGAUCAGCUGCACCUUGUGUUCUGUUCUUUGAUGAGUUGGAUUCCAUUGCCAAAUCAAGAGGUGGAAAUGCUGGAGAUGGAGGUGGUGCUGCAGAUCGUGUAAUCAAUCAGUUGCUCACUGAAAUGGACGGUAUGAAUGCAAAGAAAAAUGUUUUCAUUAUUGGUGCAACUAACAGACCGGAUAUUAUUGAUCCAGCUAUACUUAGACCUGGGCGUCUUGAUCAGCUUAUCUAUAUUCCUCUCCCAGAUGAGAAGUCCAGGGUUGCAAUCUUGAAGGCAAACCUCAAAAAGUCACCCGUCGCUCCAGAUGUAGAUUUAGAUUACCUGGCAAAGGUAACGCAUGGUUUCUCUGGUGCAGAUUUGACAGAAAUUUGUCAGCGAGCAUGUAAACUGGCAAUUAGACAGUCUAUAGAGGCAGAGAUCAGGCAGGAAAGAAUGAGACAGGAUAAUCCAGAUGCUGAUAUGGAGGUUGAGGAGUAUGAUCCAGUACCGGAGAUUGUUCGUGCCCACUUUGAGGAGGCGAUGAAGUUUGCUCGUAGAUCUGUCACUGACAAUGACAUCAGGAAAUACGAAAUGUUUGCGCAGACAUUGCAACAGAGUAGAGGUUUUGGUGGAAAUUUCAGAUUUCCAGGAGCCGCCGGGAACCAGGGACCAAGUCAGGGAGGCAACCCAGGAGGACAGUUUGAGGAAGGAGAUGAUGAUUUGUACAGCUAAACAUAAAAACUAUUCUUCGGAUAUUUAUGAUAAAAAACGUGAUCUAAAUAAAUAUGUGAACUAUUUAUAUAUAUAUGUAAUUAUUGAGGGAAGACGUUCCCUAUUGAAAGCCUGGAUGUAUUGCACGAUAAUGAGUGACAGCUAUUUUGGUGUACGGAUAAUGUGAAUAUUUCUUUUGUUUUUCUCUCAACUCUUUUCAAAAGUGCUAUUUCAUAAACAGUUGCAAAGAUUUACUUUGUCUCCAUAUCUGCAUUUUGUUUACUUUAUUUACUUAAUAAAUGUGCUCAUACAAAUUCAUCAUAUUAAAGUGACAAUUGAAGAUUUAUGUUCAUUCGUGUAUCGUAACAUUCGGCUUUGUGUGUUUAGUUUUUUCAAGUACCUUCACGGCAGUUUGAAAUUAAACUUAGAACAAAUUAUUGCAUGGGUUUUGAUGUUUAAUCGUUCCAACUUCUACACAGAAGAUACAGAAAGAAAUUAAAUUGGACCUUGGGCUUAAUGAAAAUGAUUUUAAAUCUAUGAUGCAAUUUUUCAAAAGCAUUAAAAUCAUUCUUUUCAAGAAAAUUCUAUUGUAUGUUGAUGUUUUACUUUUAGAAUUUCACUUGAGUAUAGCACUUCUAAAUUUCCAUGUUUUUGUCAUAAGGUAGAGAAAAAAAAAGAAAAAAAUGAGCUGAUCAGAAUACUUCACUGAUAUUAACAAUGUCUAAAAAAAAAUAAGCAAGUUGGUUAUUUAUUGAUGUAUUUAAAGUGACGCCCUCUGGGUAUUGUUUUCAUGAUUUUGUGUCAAUAAAUUUGCCGAAUA